AUGGCUGGAAACACUGCCGGUGUUGCAGCUCACGAGGGAAAUGAGAAUGCUGGUAGGGUCAAUGGAAGAGUCGAGCGUGAUGAGGACAUGACCGAUGCGAAUACAUCAGCUUCGACGACCACAACAUCGGCCUUCGCGCGAAAUUCAGCAAAGAGCAAGGGACAUGAGGACUUCACGAUUCCGGAAUGGCAGACCGUGGCGCUCGGCUGGCGUGACUUUCAGAACGAUCUGCGUUAUGCAGCCCAGUCCGGCGUGCGAGUUUGGAGGAUGAAGGUCUGUGUGAUCAUCAUGCAUGCUCGAGACAUGCACUGA